UCGAGCUACUCUGGUCGUGUGCUGCCGGGUACAGUGAAGAAUCCACGAUGAGAACCUCAAAAUAGUCACCCUAAAAGAUUCGCUCCCACUAUUUAUUUACUUUUUGCGUUUGAUGCGCAAAAAUUAGUUUAUUUCGUUAUUCUCCCAACCGUUAAAACCAAACGAUUCGAACCAUUUGUAUUUUUUUGUAUAAGAUCGUUAUCUGCUCUUUGAUUGAUCGUCUGCCUGUUUGUUUUUGUAUUCCGAAAAAUGAAACUUGAAGUCAAAGAGUAAGAUAGAGAGAGAGUAAGAGACAGUGUCUGCUAUCGUCUUCUGUGGUGCUAUGGAGAGUGUGGUGCUUUCUGGUGCUGAUCUCGGCUUGUGGUGUUGUGGUUCGACAUGAGGCUUGUGUUGUGCGCGUCAAAAAAUGCCUUUGCAGCAAAUCCGGGUUACUCCGGCGGAUAGAAAGAGUUCUAAUGAAAAGGAAAAAGUUAAAUAUGAUACUAAGCCCGAAACCUUCAGUGCCGGGUCCCCGACGUGCCCCCGCAUGGAUCGCCGUCACUCCUCUCAGCCGUCGACGGUGUCGAGCUCGCUGGGCGGCGUCGACAUCUGCCGCAUUUGCCACUGCGAGGGGGACGCCGAACUGCCCCUCAUUUCCCCCUGCUUCUGCGCUGGAUCCCUGCGCUACGUGCACCAGUCCUGCCUGCAGCAGUGGAUCAAGAGCUCGGACACGCGCUGCUGCGAACUCUGCAAGUUCCAGUUCAUCAUGCACACAAAGAUCAAACCUUUUAGAAAGUGGGAGAAGCUGGAAAUGUCACCGGUGGAACAGCGCAAGGUUCUAUGCUCCAUCACCUUCCAUGUGGUCGCCAUAACGUGCGUGGUGUGGUCCUUGUACGUGCUCAUCGACCGCACCGCCGAGGAGAUGCGCACGGGUGUCCUGGAAUGGCCCUUUUGGACCAAGCUCAUCGUGGUGGCCAUAGGCUUCACGGGCGGCCUCGUCUUCAUGUACGUCCAGUGCAAGAUGUACGUUCAACUGUUCAAGCGGUGGCGGGCCUUCAACCGCAUCAUCUACGUGCAGAACGCACCGGAGAAGUGCAGCCAGCAACAGCAGGCUGUCUUCUCUGCCGCCGAGCUCACUGCAAACGUACUUGCCAAGAGCGAGGAGAAGCGUUUCUCGCCCGACGAAGAGGAGUUCCACAGCUGCAGGACCAGCAACUCCUCGGGCAGCACGGAGAGCGUCCACCAAGGAUCUAACCACGAGGAAACAAUCUCCACCUGCGGUGGUGGUCUAAGACAGGACUCGUCCGUUCUGCCGACAGCCGCCAACGUGGAGACAGGAUCCACCAAGACUACACUUACCUCUGUCACAGACAGUGCCCCCGCCAAUGAUGACCAUCCCCUCGCUGGCGGCCAUCCCCUUAGUGAAGUGGUAGUGGUGUCAAACGUCGAGGAUGAUAUCCCAUUGCCACCAACUCCCUUGGUGGUAAGGGACAUGACUCCCUGUACGGGGGACGAAGCGUCCUUGAGAGAUGCCUUUCUUUCCAGACAAUUGCAACAGACCGCCAGCUGAGGAUAGUGCCCUUUCUUUCUGUAACGAAGAUUUUUCAUGUCAGAAACUAGUGAUUACACACUGGUUAGACUGGCAUGCUUUCAAAUAUCGGCACAAAAAUUAUACACCGGUUGCGUGCAUUCGGAUGGAAGGUUGGUUUUUACUAUAAAAAGGAUAUUGAGUUAAUAACGUUCUUGAAUUCUGAGACCAGUGUAGGAUUCGUUCUGGACUAGGUCCUUGAACACUGUGCGAAAAUAAAUUCUGUUUCGGAAUUUACUAUGCUUGUAAAGAGUUCGUACUUUAUAAUGAAGAAUGAUUCCUUCUCAAAUAUAAUUUUGGCUAAUUGUUUUUCUUUUAAAUUCAAUGUCAGUUUUGCAACUGAACUAAGUCUUGCAUGUAAAUGGAUGAUGACUUUUCUGACUUCAGAUUCCUGCUCCGAACUCUGAAAUGAAAAUUAUUUUUAAAUCAAAUUCGUUUUUAGUUUAUCUUUUUGGUUUUCUUUGUCAAUCCUAGCCGUUACGAAACUUAACUAAAGACAAUAAGGUUAGUGAAUGAGCUAUUCCUAUAAUAUUUUAGAGUCUCAAUUUCAUUUGUCAGUUUUUCAUGGUUUUCAUCAAAGAGUUCUACUAAAUAGUGAAUAUCUAUAUUCAUGAACAGAAAACUACUGAAAAUCAUUUGUUCAUUGUUUAUUUUAUCAUUUUAUUUCGGUAAUAAUAAUUUAUAACACGUAAAUAUUUAUAUGAACUAUCUGCUAGUUUUUUUUUUUCGACUGUGAUUUAUAAUGUAUUUAUUAGAAUAACAAGCGAUCAAAUUUUUUCUCUUACUGCUUUGUUUCCAACAAAAUUUUCAAUUUUUUCUGGAUUUUGUUACAUGAACGAUUUUGAAAAAGCUGGUACGAAAACAGCAUACUUUAAAAUAAUCAGAAAAUUAUGUUUUCUUAUUAUAAAAAAAUAAAUAUUUAAUUUGCAGGAAGAAAUCAUAAAUCUGCAGAUGUUACACACUUAGGGAAAGAAAGAAAAUAUAGGCUUCAGCUUUGCUUACAUUUAACAGUAGGCAGACAAAUAUUUGUUUCUAUAGUAAUAUUUGAUGGUUUCAUUAUCCAGAAUCCAGGAAUAUUGAAUAUUGCAUUUUCAUACAUAGCAGUUUUUGAGUAUUUUGUUUGGUGUUUUGAUAAAAGCAUAAAACUACAUUACGAAAACACAUUUUUAUCACAAGAAAAAAAAAUUAAGGCUCAUAUGUUUAAAAGAAAUACCACUCCUUUUUGCUACCGCUGAGCAACACUUUUUUAUGAUAUUUUGACAUUUUAAAUCUAAAAGUAAUGUUUGUAACUAUAGAACUUCUAUUAUUCAAAUUAAAAAAGAAAAUCUUGUUUGGAGCACUCAUAUAAAAUGUUAGGGAAUAAAAUUUUAUUGCUUUAAUAAUAUUGCAAGCGAUCAAGACAAUAUCCAAGCCCUCUACUUUAUUUCAAAAUAAGAAGGAAAAUAUUCAAAAAAGGGCAAGACUUGAUUCGAAGUCAUUUUGUCUGAAAAGAGGAAUUUUGGUUUUCUUGGCAUUUUAAAACAAGAAAUUUUUUGAAAAUAGUUGUUUCGAUUUAAUUUGCAAAGUAAUUAUCCAUCUAAUAAAUUUCGAGAUCUCAUUUUUUUAAAAAAACAUUAUAAUAUCGCAUUAAAACUAAUAAAAUAAUGGCUGCGUUAUUUGACCCAUUCUAACAUAUAUUUAUUAAUACAAAUAAUUAUAUUUAAUAACAUUUAUAGAUUAUUUAUAAAUAUCACCAAUAUUUAUAAACUAACAUUAAUUCUCUUUUAUUUUACAAUCCAUUGGAUGCAUAAAUUUAUAUUUAGAAAUUUCGGAUUCAAUACAGCAAUUUGCUUUGAGUGAAUCGGAUGGUAAUCUAAACGAAUUUUUUCCGAGCAAAAUGAUAACGGAAAAUAUACCAAUGAAUCAAUGUUCGAUAGUACUUUUGUUACUAUCCAUUUAUCCUUCCCCCACCCCCACCCCCAAAAAAAAGAGAAACAUGUUUCCGAUUUAUCAUGAUUUUUCUAUCAGAAAGCGCGCCCGGAUUGUUAUUCCAGAGCCUGUUCCAUUCUGAUCAAAGAUAAUGUCAUUGGACAAUGGAUCUUGAGUGGACAAUGGUUAGUAUUGCUUAGAAGACGAGACAUUUAACAAUAAAUGCGUAUAUCAAAGUAGUGAUAUUUUGGAUGUACUGAUCCAUAUACUACUUAGGAUUUCUUAUGAUUUGAACUGUGAUGGUGGAUAUCUAUUCUUUUUUAACUAUGACUUCAGAUAAUAAUAUUACCAUUUUAUUGGAAAGAAAUUUCUCAUUUAGAAUAACUAUGAGGGCUGAAACCUAAUUUUAUUAUCAGGUAGAGUAUUUUUUGAGUAUUCACGUAGAGUAUUAUUAAUUUGCUGUUUCUUUUCUUUUACGAUGUUUUGAAAGAAAGAAAAUAUAGAAAUUAUAUUAUUUUCUCUGGCAUUUAUAUGUCACAAAUAUUCAUGCGUAUAUUUACUUUAAUUAAGGCUUUAGUUUUUAUACUUCAAUAGAUUUCAAUUUUUCACAUGAUUUUAUUUAUCAUAUACAAAUCAUAAAUUUCAAAUUGUUUAAUACUUUUUUACAAAAAAAAAAUCGAAGUUUUAAUAGAAAAAGAAACUAUAUUCUUCCAUUAGUUUUUCAACAGUUCUUUGAAUGGAAAAAUUAUAUUAUCACUUCUGAUUAUUAAAAUAUAAUUUGAGAUAAAUUGUUGUUAAAUACUUGAUAUACAAAUAUUAUAUCGCUUAUUUUAUUGCAUUGCUUUCGGAUAUGUAAAUGAUGAAAAAAUUAAUGAGAUCUUCUCUUAUUGCUUACGGUUCUAUUUUAAACGACAAUUUUGUAAAAUACUUUAUUGGAGACAUACUAUUUGCUGAAAUCUAGUCCUUUAAUGAUCUUAAAAAUGGAGAAAAUUUAAAGAUCUAGUUCUAUGGUGCUUUAAAAAGGGCUUUCAAAGAAUAUUUUUUUUUUUGAUGCAGGCUAUAAGUGUUUCUUACUGUUUGUCUUAUGGAUAAAUAACAAUGAACAUUAAUAAUAAUUCGUUUGUAGUGAUUUUUAAAAAAAAUUGCAAAAUCAUUAUUUAAGUAUCCUAGGAAUUCGACUUGAAAUUCUAAUGUCCCAGUUGAAAUUAGUGCUCUAAGUGCUUCGCAAUGUGCAUCUAGUCAAACUGAUGGUAAAUUUUAAGAAUUUAGUUGGAUCAUUGCUAUUUAAUUUUGUUUUUAUGAACAAUUAAAUAGUAAACAGGUUUUGACAAUUCAUAUUUUACCUUCUUAAAAAACUACUAUCUCAAAUUAGGUAGUUCAAUUAUCAAUAGAUUCAUAGAUUUAAAAAGCAAUUUGCUAACUAUAAUUGAUAUAUUAAAAUUUCCCUCUGAGGAACUUAACGAAUAAGAUGAGAAGAAACUAAACAUUUCAUAGAGUGCCUCUGAUUUCUAAACUGAGUUUAUGUAAAAAAAUAUCAAAAGUUUUCAUAGGUUCCAACUUAAAAGAUUGUAACUAAACAGAUUUUUUUUUCGUAGGUAAAUUAUUUAAAAUGUGAAAUGUGAAAAUGCUUGUUUUAAAAGUCAAGAUUUUUUUUUCCUCUUCUACCCUAAAAUGUAAAUUUCAAUGGUAUCAAAAUAAUGCCAAAAUAAAAUGUUGAAUUUCUGUUUUAGACCUAAUAAUUAACCCUUAAAGAAACCAAUAUUACUAUGCAAAUAAAUAAAUACCAUAUAAAUAAAAUUAGCUAUACAAUAAAUAUUCAAAAAAGCAACUAAAAUUUACUCUAUGCCUUGUAGAAAUUCAUAAAACAGAAUUGGCUCAGAAAGUACAAAAAUAAGAUUCUUUAUUCAAUGACGUUUUCGUAUUUUUUUACCAUUUCCAUUAUAAAAUUAAUGAGAAAUUACUAAUUAUUUCAAUAUAUAUAUUUAACUUAAUGGAAGAGACAUGUUUUGAAUGCGUUCUUUGAAAUAUAAAUUCUAGUAGCAAAAAAUGAUUAGACAUAUAGCAUGUAAAUAAUGGCCGAGUUUUGUUCUUGCAACUUGAAAUUUUAAAUAUCGAUAUGUUUCAUUUCUUCUUUUAUGACUAUUGAAGUUCUAAAAGAAAUUGCUGUGUUUAUACUACACUUACACUGAUGCUGAACUUUCUGAAUAUGCUGAUGCUGCUACUAAAAUACAUGUCAAUUCUGCAAUCUUUUGCAACUAACUGGAUACAUCACAUUUUAAAUUAUUACUGAGCAUAAAAUUAUGCAUAUCUUAUUUCCAUUGAGAAUUCUGCCAAGAGCAACCCUAGUUAAAAAUUGUGGUGUCUCUAAAUCUGCCAAAGGUUAAGUUUCACAAUCGAGUACAGCGCAAUGGAUGGGUUUCGAACGAGAAUUCUGAUAAUCCAAAUAUGUGCACUUGACAUUUUUCAAGAAUAAUUCAGUCUGUCUCAACUUUCUUAUCGACUGAACUUGAUUAUUGACAUAAGCGCAAUAUCGAGACCCUGAAUUCAAUUGUAGCUGCAUAUUAGUGGUGCACAGUAUCCGGUUAGAUGCAAGAUACUUGACCAAAGAGCUAUUCGAAACAAAAAAAAUUAAUCAUAACAUUCAUUAAAUGCUCUUAUUUCAUAUCUUUAGGCAUGAAGUGUAACAUUUCUUCUCUUCAACUUACUUAUUUGAUUGCAAUAAUAAAAUAACAGAAAAUUAUAAAUGCAAUAUUAGUUUUAUACUGCAUUGUAACACGACCGUUCGAAUCUUUCAUAUAUUUUGUUAACUCAUUGUUUAUGCGAAAGAUUUCCUAUUGACUUUAAUAGCCUGAAUAUUAGUAGUUCCGCUAUGAAUAAUAUGUUUUUUUCAGCUACGCCAAUUUGAAAAGUACGUCUCUUGUUCUCAUUGUAAAUAACAUUUGUAAUGUGUUGCAAAUAAUGUGUAAAGCAAAAAAUUUCGCAUUUUGUAUAUUAAUGAUGCAUAUCUUCUUUUUCUUUUUUAAUUUAACAUCCAGUUAGGGAAUUGUUUUCGUAAUUUUUUUAAUGAAUAUCAUGUACAGUUUAUCCGACAUUGGGAUAUUCAUAAAAUACUCAUUAAAACAAUAUCUAAAAGCUUAUAUAGGUAAAAAAAAACAAUCUAUUAAUACGGAAAUUCACUGAUAAAUAUUUUAAACAAAAUUAUAAUUGGUAGUUUUACUUCCAAAAAAAUAUUUAUAUUGGUCCAGAUUUUCAUUGGAAAAUAAUUUUGAAAUUUUCAUGUUUUCUGAUAAAAUAUUUAUUUAUUUCUUGGUAUACUUUGUAAUUAUUUAAAAAUAAAUUAUAAUGUGAAUGAAUAAACAUGUAUAAAUAACAAAAAUAGCCAUUUUAGUCAUAUGUUUUUAUAGUUUAGUUUUUUCCAUAGAAUCGUCACAUUUUUAACAAAUAAAUUCUUGAUAUAGCAUUCUGAAAUUUAAAAAGUGCAAUUCUCGCUUAUUAAAAAAUCGUUAGCCUUUAUAUUGUGAAAUCAGUGUUUCUGACUGUGGUAUUGUAACCAGUACAUUUUACUUUAUUUUAUAUUCUUAUUAUUCUGGAUUAUGAAAUUGUAUAAAACAUUUUUAACAGGACUGCUUCAAGAGCUCAGAUUACUUGCAUAUACUCAACAAAUAUUAUUUCCAAUGCAACUGUUAUCCAAGCUGUAUAUUCAACAAAUAUCAUGUAUAGGAUGAUGAAUUUAUGCAUGUUGCAAAAAGCUAGUCGUUUCUGUUCGUAUCAUGUGUGAAGUAUUAUGCUCUUAAAAAGUUCAUCAUAAUGCUGGUUCCUCCAUAUCAAGGAUAUUUCUUUCUCGGAACUAUUGUGUAUUUCUGUUAUAAGGAGAAAAACUUUAUGAGUGGAGACCUUUUGUUAACCUGACUGUAUUAUAAUUCUGUAUAUUCUAGUCAAAAGCGUGCUGCAGUACAAUUUAUUUUAAUGCUCUUUUUUUCCGGAGGACGGUCAUGAUUUCACGUGUAACUACAUGAUCAUUUGUACUUGAAGUGUUAACGAAUAGGUUAAAUAAAGGAAAAGCCAGAGAAAUAGUAUAGUAAAGUAAGGUAAAAAAGAAAGAAAAUAGUUUUCCUGCAUGUAGACUCUGACAAAUGAAUAAACAGUUUUACAGAUAGUUUUAAUCUAAUGCGGCGAUUGUUACAAGUGAUCAAGUAAUAUGACUUACUUUUGGUAAGCUAAAAAUUUAGAAAUUAUAGAAAUACAGUGUCAGUUUAGUAAUAACACUACUGAAAUUUUCGUAAACUUUAAUAUUUAUUGAAAACAGAAAUGAAACUCUUAAACAUUACUUUGUUUUUUAAUUCGAAAUAUUUAUCUCUAAAAUAUUUGAUUCGGGAUGUCUGAAAAUUGUGAUGCAAAAUUUAGUUUUUAAAUCAUUUGCUUGAAAAUAAAAAUAAUAAUUAAAAUAAAAAAUAAUUAAUUAAUUAAAAAUUUAAAAUAAUUUCUAAAUCAAAUUACAUAGGUCACUAGAAACAUGGCAAUAUUGCAAUUUUUUUUUCUGAAAACCAGAACAAUAAAAAUUACAGUUUUCUUUCGUAAAGUGGAAGAAAAAAAAAUUUUUUUGGUUAAUAACUAGUUAUCAAUUUACCUGUUAUAGACCUUUUUAUCCAAAAAAGAUGUCUUUUCUCAGUAUUUUUUAGUAAAACAGCCAUUGGAAUAGUUAGAUUCAUUAAAAAAUUAAAAAUGAAGUUUUAAGUGCCUUUAUGCAAUAAAUAUAUGUAUUAAAAUUUCCUUGCUAUUCUGUGAUUAUAGGUAUGCUUAGAAGAUCAUUUAUGUAAUAUCAUUCGAAAUGUUUGUAUAUCAUGUAUUCAUUUUCUUUCAAUAACCAAAUUGGUGCUUGUUACAAAAAUCAAUGCUUUUUUUCUGUUUUAUUGCUUAGAAUAUCGAAGAGAUGCUGCCGAAACUUAGAACAAUUUUUCAAACUGAGAAUGUAGUUAUACGUGCUGUGAAAAUCUCAUCCGCGAAUAAAAGAUGUUUGAACUGUGAAAUAAUGUGUAAGUUUGUGCAAAAUGAAAAUAAAGUGUGAAUUU